AUGUCCGAUGCCGCCGCCAUGGACCGCGGUAGAAAUGAAAGAAAUACCCCGGGUGACGACUCGAGGUACCCUGAAUUAGAUGUCGGAGACACCUUCGACAUUGGUGACGAGCCAGUAGGCGCAGCUGCAGGCGUCGUUCAUCAUCAAGGCUCACGCCUACCAAAACCGCCAAAGUGUGAUCUAUCUGCUAUCGAAAAACUGUCUAGUACGGAGACCGAUCCGACUGAAUGGAUGAUGCAAGUGGAGGACACGCUAGAACCAAUGAUACUCGGAGACUUAAUCAACCUAUCGUUGCCUCGGCCAGAAAUCGAUGACCCAUCUUACCGCCUCGCAGAGAGACCAAAGAUGGCCGAUAUUCUUUUUGAUGAGCUCGUUAGCUAUGCGCGGGGAGGAGAGAGAUCAGACAACCUGAUGAUCGACAUUUACAAGCUCGCGGACAUGAAGAGAGAGCACUUUAGCUCCGCAGAGGAAUACAUCACGAGUUAUCAGAGGCAGAUCAGCGUCCUACGCCGUGUCAAGCUAGCGCCAUUGCCAUUUCACGCCAUUGCAAUAAUGCUCCGUGAGGUCGAGGAAGAGCUCCCGGGCAUGGCUUUUAUGAAGGAGGCAUUGCAAAAAAUUAGCUCGGCGCGUGAGAAAUCAGCCCGCCAAGCCGACCGACGCGAGACCAGUGAUCCUACGUCUCAGAAGACCUAUGCUUCCGACCGACACGACUAUGCCGGCCGAGGAAGAGGCCGUGGCCGUGGCCGUGGUGGAUACAACCGUGGCAGCCAGCGUGGCCGUGGACGCGGAGGAGGUGGAAACAAUGGAUUAUCGCAUAAAGAGCACGCCGAUCGUGGAAGCUCUUACGGCAAUUUAACCGGCAUCGCAUCAGCCCGGAACGCAUCCCCGAAAGGAAAGGAUAUCUACAGAUACGCGAAGGAAUGCCGUGAAGCUGAGAAACAACGUAUCGAUGCGCUUCGUGACCGUAAGGACAGCAAGGGCAGAGUCUCAUUGGCUAUUGAAACGCUUGCCGAGGAGGAUCAGACCAUCACUGUUAUUGAGGCUAUAACUGGUUCUAUUGCUGAAAAAGCGGGGGACGGUUUUUCGGCCGGAAAGGCAGGUGAAGACGGUUGGUUGCUAGAUAGUGGUGCCACCAAGUCUAUCACCGGCAACAUCAAUGACUUUGUCGAAUACCACCAGUGGGACGCAGGCCAAAUGCGAUAUGCUUACAGCGACGUCUAUAGCAAGCUCACUAAGUCUAGCGGAUGGGGAAUACUUCUUAUCCGUGCCGAGCUGCCUAACGGACGUAUCAAUAAAGCAUUGGUGAAAGGAUACCUUGACACCUCAGUCCCGAUCGGCAACAAGCUGCUGUCUACCGAGCAUUUAGCAAAGCAUACGGAAUGCAUUACAAUUCACGCACUAAGAAACUUGAAAAUGCCGACGGAUCAACCUUUGCAUAAAGGUGAUACUCUCGAAGAUCAGGAAUUUAACUACGAUGCCUGCAUGAAAGGCAAAUCAGUCCGUGAGGUCUCGAGAACCCUACAACUUCGCUGCCAGGACGCUGCAUGGAAAUUCCACGUAGAUACUCAGACAAUGACACCUCUCGGACCCUAUGAUAAUGGCACCGAAUUCACCAAAUUCAUUAAGUGGGCAGAGAAGAAAGGCAUAAAAUUCGAAUUCACACCUCCCUACACUGCAGAGCCCAAUAGCAUCAUCGAGCGCACCGGCGGCUAUGUCAAUGAAAUGGCUAGGGUAAUGGUACUCGAUGCCGCGCUGCCUGAGAAGCUAUGGCCACGCGCUAUAGAUGCAGCAAUUUACACUAUCAACCGCCUUGCUAGCCCGAAAACUGGAAAAUCGCCUAUUCAGCUAUGCAGGGAGAACCUCAAUAUCAUUAAUGCCAAGCCUAGUCUCACGCACCUACGACCAUAG